GUUCAUGUCAUCUACGUGCUGCUGUUUAGCAGUAGCCAUCAUCAUGAACAACAAUGAAUGCAGGUUUUGCUUGUGUUCGACCAUUCAUCAGCUCGGCAGUCUCUACUACUUCAUCAUUAUGGUAAACAGCAUCCCGAAAAUCCAGGUCAAGUGGUUUACCUCUUUUUCUCCAUUGUCUAAUCCCCUCUAUCCUUGUGUACACCCAUUUGAGUGUUAUGGGUGUAUUCACGAUGACACCCUUUCUCUCAUCCCACCUGAAGUUACUUUUACAACUUUUCUGCGGAAUGGGACACUUGGUAAUGCCGGGCUGUAUUUCCUAGGCUUAAUGGACUUAUCAGACAGCUGGAAGCUUCUCUUGCAAUAACUUCUCACUCAUAUGUUCAUGUGAUUCUUGAUCCAGGGUAGGAACGAUGUCAUUCUCGUGUACACCCCUGGAUAUCUCCUAGCACAUCCUAUUGUA